AUGUCGUUCCAUUUGUUUGGUCUCCUGCUAGUCGUUGGUUUCUGUUUUUUUGUUCAAGUUCAGAAUGCUGUGUCGACUGUGGACUAUGGAGCUGCUCUAACUAAAUCUUUGUUGUUCUAUGAGGCACAAAGAUCAGGGAAACUGCCCCCUAACCAGCGCAUCCGAUGGCGGGGAGAUUCUGCGCUUAGUGACGGCAAAUCUGCCAGGAUUGAUCUGGUGGGAGGAUACUACGACGCGGGAGACAACGUGAAAUUCGGGUUCCCGAUGGCCUUUACGGUGACAAUGCUGGCAUGGAGCGUGGUAGAAUUCGAGCCGCAACUCCAGGCCCGAAAUGAGUUAUCUAACGCUCUAAGAUCCAUCAAAUGGGGAACGGACUAUCUGAUCAAGGCACACCCGGAGCCCAACGUGCUGUAUGGAGAAGUCGGAGAUGGCGGGUCGGAUCACGCGUGUUGGCAGAGACCCGAGGACAUGACAACGCCCAGGACUGUUUACAGGAUCGACGAGCAACAUCCCGGCGCCGACCUCGCAGGUGAAACCGCCGCCGCUUUUGCCGCCGCCUCCAUUGCUUUCAGGAAAUCUAACCCCAGUUAUUCGUCUGAGCUUCUCAAACAUGCUAAACAGUUAUUUGAAUUUGCAAGAAAACACACUGGUCAAUACCAGAAUAGCAUUUCAGUUGCUGGACAAUUCUAUUCAAGCAGUGGCUAUGAGGACGAAAUUUUGUGGGCUGGGGCGUGGCUAGAACGGGCAACCAACGACAAAACGUACUUGGAAUUCAUCGAGGGAUCUUCCAAUUCAGGUGGCACCCGAAGAAUGUUUUCAUGGGACGACAAAUAUGUUGGCGCCCAACUCCUUAUUGCCAAGGGUAUUUUAGAAGGGAAGUUGUCGGGAGAGGGGAAGUUGGGUGAGUACAAGAACAACGCGGAGCAGUACAUCUGCAACUGCAUACAGAAAGGAAACAGCAACGUGCCGAGGACCAACGGCGGACUCCUUUGGUUUCUGGAAUGGGAUAAUCUUCAGUACGUCACCAGCUCCUCCUUCAUCAUCACCGCCUACGCACGUAUUCUCGCCGGCACGAGGACAAAGACUCUCCGCUGCGCUGCCGGCGAUGUUGGACCUCACGAUUUAAUGGCUUUUGCCAGAUCUCAGGUGGAUUACAUACUGGGUUCAAACCCGAAAAUGAGCUACAUGGUGGGGUUCGGGUCGAACUAUCCGAAACAGGUGCACCACAGAGGAGCAUCAAUAGUGUCGAUAAAGAAGGAUUCGAGGCCGGUGAGCUGCCAAGAGGGGUUCAAUGAGUGGUUCCAUAAGAACGCGGAGAACCCGAAUGUGCUGGAAGGGGCGGUAGUGGGGGGUCCGGAUCAGAGAGACGAGUACAGGGAUGCGAGGGAUAAUUACCAGCAAGCAGAGCCUGCCACUGCUAAUAAUGCACCUCUUGUUGGGGUAUUGGCAAGUCUUGCUGCAGCUUGA